AUGUACGUGAUUUUUUUUUCGAUAACAUUUAAUUUAAUACAAAAUAUAAUUACCAGAAUUGUGUAAAGUCAUUCUUUAGCAAGUAACUUUGUUUCUUUGCGUUUUCUUUUAUUAACUCUCUACCUUAACAAAAAGUCAGUGCUGUUUAAAUGAAAUACAAUUAAAAUUGAUUAUUUUGUUUAUUUAUUUUCAUUCCGAUUUUUUUUAAACAUACGUUUUACAACAGCAAAAAGUGGGACAAACGGUCAUUACGAGGGAGGAAAUCUUUGCAGGUUCCCUCAUAUUGCUGAAAGGGUAGACGGCGAUCUGCCCAUAUUUGGCUGUCAAAUGCACACCAUGUUGACAGAAAGCAGGAAGCGUGGGCGCAGCUGUGAAGGGGAGGAGACCCAGGCCUUACCCCAGGCAAAAAGAUCAGGAGGUUAUACCUUUCUACCUGAGCUUGGCCGUGAUGUCUGGGACUCUGAGUCUUCCAGCAGUGACAGCAGUGGCAUAAGCAGUCCAGAGCAGAUGAUCGGGGCCAGUUCCUCCAUUCAGACCACUGACCAAAGACGACUUCCUGUUUCCCAGGCUCCCUGCAGCCCUACCAUCCCCACCCAAACAGAAGAUCCAGCCACCUCCUUGAUCCAAAACGGCGUCUCGUACCACAACAUCAACCGCAUCCUGAGAGAGGCCCACUUUAAUAGCCUGCAAACUCGUGGUCAGCAGGGGCCGACGUGAUUGGGAGUGACCUGUGACAUGCAGUGGACCUGUGAGAGGGACAUUGGCACAAAUAGAUGCCCUCUAAAUACAUUUGUGUUCAGCACUUUUUUCAUGUUUCAUAGUGUUUAUGUGGGACUCUACUUGAUCGUGUUGACCAUGAACGUCACAUAGGUGCUUUAUAAAAGUAAUAUCUCAAGUUCAUACAAGAUUAUACGAGCUUUGUCCCAUUUAUUCUACUAACUAGACCGUCACACAUGGUGCUGUUCAGAAGAUCGGUCAUGUUUUGCACUCUUUGGCCAGUUAAAUAAUAAUCUUAAGGCCUUUGAAAGCCGAAGAAAUGAAACUAAACCCUGAAGAGUCGGUCAUUUUAGGAAGAUUACUAAUGCUGUUGGUGGGUGUUUACAGAGUAUCUGUAAUGUAACCAUGCUGGUUGGUUCUCGCUGGUAUUUUAGACCUUUCCAGGAAGUACGUGUGGCUUUAGAUUUCUUAAAUAACCAAAACUCAGGUCUAGAGGAUUGUCUACGUGCCAUGAAGUGGUGAUUUUGUAGCUAUAGUUUAGACUUUAAACAAGCAACUUAGUGCCAGAUUUUUAGAAAGCCCUUAUAGCCUGUCUUUACUUGAACCUUCAAUAUCACACCGGAGAGAGAGGCAUUUGGACUAUUGGGCCAAAAUUUCAUGCAUAUUAGACUUGGGUCUGUUUAUGUGUGUAAUGAAGCUCUUUGAAUCAUGAUUUGAGUUCUGAUGUUUCUAAAUGACAGCUACAGUGGAACUAAAAAAAUAUUUGGACUUGGCACAGUAAAUCAUUGCAUUAGAUUAAAUCAUUGCCUGAUGUUAUGAUAAAUAUACAAUUUAAAAUGAAAUAUGCUGGUUUAGUCAGUUCUGUGUAACAUGAGGACGUGUCUUCUAUGGGCGCAACAUAAAAAUGACCUAAAAUUAGCCUGCACCCGACUAAGCUCUCUAUAGCGCUCUUGACUCCAAAGUCCUAAGAAAUACUUGAUCAUUACACAUUUGUACAAACCAUUUUGCCGUUUAUGCAUUGUUUGACCAACAUAUACAAUGAAUUAUAUAAUUUCAAAAUGCUUAUAACAAACAAGCAAGCAUUGGGUCUCAUUCACUAAGCAUGCAUAAGAAGAAAUUUCCUUGGUGAAUUAGACCCAUUGGUCUUACUAAAAUAAAAUGCAGAUAUAUUUAGUCUGGAAUCCUUAACUGAGUUUCACAUAGGCAAGACAGGUUAGUCACAUCUGAGCCACAUGUCAGUGCACAAUACUGUUCAAUCCAGGCACUGUGUGAAGUCUAUUAGCUUUAGAUGAUGGGAAUCAUCCGAGCGGUCAACAUUCUGUUUUGUAUGUAAUAUAUAGCUAGCAUAUAUACAAUAUUUGAAAUCAUUGUUAUUUUAUGAAACAUUGCUUUAAUGUAAAUGAAAAUAAAGAGUUUUCUUAAUAUAUG